ACCAGCGCGGACCCCUUUUGUAGGAAGUAUAAGCGGUAGCGGAAGCGCGCGGUGCGCGUGACACAAGUGACGCAGGUGGUGUGAACGCGCACGCUCCGUCCGCAGUGUCUUUCUCUGGGGCUGAGGCGGCCGCGCGCUGGGAUCGGUAACGUCUCGAGGAGACCCCGGGACACCGAGUACCCACCGAAUACGGAACAUUUAUCGCCCACUGAGCCUGGGACACCGAGUACCCACCGGAUACCGGGUACCUACCGAGCGCCGACCGGAUACCGAGCCCGAAACACGGAGCUGGCGGCUCGCACUGUGUCCGCCCGACCGGCCAACCCCUUCCUGCCCAGGGCCCGGCCUGUGGGACCGCUAAACCUCUGACGGUAAGUGACCUGCCAGCCCCGGGGGAGGGAAGGGGGGCUGAUAGCCCAGGGCCCGGUAGGUUACGUUGACUCCCUGGUUGCCCGGGGCCCGGUAGGUUACGUUGACUCCCUGGUUGCCCAGGGCCCGGUAGGUUACGUUGACUCCCCGGUUGCCCAGGGCCCGGUAGGUUACGUUGACUCCCUGGUUGCCCAGGGCCCGGUAGGUUACGUUGACUCCCCGGUUGCCCAGGGCCCGGUAGGUUACGUUGACUCCCCGGUUGCCCAGGGCCCGGUAGGUUACGUUGACUCCCCGGUUGCCCAGGGCCCGGUAGGUUACGUUGACUCCCCGGUUGCCCAGGGCCCGGUAGGUUACGUUGACUCCCGGGUUGCCCAGGGCCCGGUAGGUUACGUUGACUCCCGGGUUGCCCAGGGCCCGGUAGGUUACGUUGACUCCCCGGUUGCUCAGGGCCCGGUAGGUUACGUUGACUCCCGGGUUGCCCAGGGCCCGGUAGGUUACGUUGACUCCCGGGUUGCCCAGGGCCCGGUAGGUUACGUUGACUCCCUGGUUGCCCAGGGCCCGGUAGGUUACGUUGACUCCCCGGUUGCCCAGGGCCCGGUAGGUUACGUUGACUCCCGGUUGCCCAGGGCCCGGUAGGUUACGUUGACUCCCCGGUUGCCCAGGGCCCGGUAGGUUACGUUGACUCCCCGGUUGCCCAGGGCCCGGUAGGUUACGUUGACUCCCCGGUUGCCCAGGGCCCGGUAGGUUACGUUGACUCCCCGGUUGCCCAGGGCCGUGGAGAUACCAUACCCCAUAUUGCACAGGACCAAAUGUAAGACGUACCGGAUGACCCCUGCCAGGCUGGGUGUGAAGCAGACUAAUACUGCCUCUUUCCAUUUAUCAAUUAGUGGUCCUUGGAGAAACAUAAAUUUUUCUCUGGAAGGAAGAUUAUGUGUCUGUAUUGAAUGGGUAAGAAUGUAGCUGGUUCCUGUUUAAAGGACCACUCUAGGCACCCAGACCACUUCAGCUUAAUGAAGUGGUCUGGGUGCCAGGUCCAGCUAGGGUUAACCCAUUUUUUCAUAAUUAUAGCAGUUUCAGAGAAACUGCUAUAAUUAUGAAUGGGUUAAGCCUUUCCCCUAAUCCUCUAGUGGCUGUCUCAUUGACAGCCACUAGAGGCGCUUGCGUGCUUCUCACUGUGAAAAUUCACAGUGAGAGCACGCAAGCGUCCAUAGGAAAGCAUUGUAAAUGCUUUCCUAUGAGACCGGCUGAAUGCGCGCGCAGCUCUUGCCGCGCGUGCGCAUUCAGCCGGCGGGGCGUAACGGAGGCGGAGAGGAGGAGGAGAGCUCUCCGCCCAGCGCUGGAAAAAGGUAAGUUAUUACCCCCUUCCAGAGCCGGGCGGGAGGGGGUCCCUGAGGGUGGGGGCACCCUCAGGGCACUAUAGUGCCAGGAAAACGAGUAUGUUUUCCUGGCACUAUAGUGGUCCUUUAAUGGUAUGGACAAACCUUGAUACAUGUUUUCCUUAUUGAUAUCCUGGGCACAGGCUACUGUAGCAGCGAAGCAGUGAUGUGCUUGGAGCCCAGCUGACUGUAAGGAUUCCCUCCUGGAUGUUCUCAGCCCUGUUUUGUUGCACAGUUUGUCAUGCUGUGUAUGAUGUUACAUCACCCUACAUAUAUUGGUUACAUGGAGGCUGACAUGGCUGGCCGGUCCUUUAUAUACCCCCUGUUCAUUCUCAAAGUUGUCUGCCUCUGUUUGUCAUUCAUUUACUGUCAUUGUCUUGUUAUCCUGGAUUCAUUGGUAUUCUGACUCCUGCAUAACUGUGCAAUUCCCAGAUUCCCGUUCCCCCCUGGUUUUAUUGUUUAUCUCUGUAUUAUUGUCUUGUUUUCUCUGCCCGAGGCCUAAUCCAUCUGCCUCCCCAUCCUCCCUUUCCCUGAUCCCUGUCCUAAAUCCACCCCAAAGGGAGGCAGGGGAUUGGCAGUGCUCCCUUCUAGCCCUCCCCAUCUCCAUUCUGGCUGGCGUGCACGGCGCUCGGUUUACUUGUGUGGUGGCUGUCCCUGGCUUUGUCUACAGAAUAGGAUGGUGUCCGUCUUUUCCUGCUAACAUGGCAGGGAUCGGCUAAAUUCCAGUCGGGAUCUUUCAGGCUGAGAAGGGGGUGGGGGGGAGUUUGGGGUCCUAAGCUGACAUUUCUAUUGUUCAGAGAACGAGUUAGCAGCUGCGAAUGGAUGGGGGAGAAUGCAUGUCAGGCUGAUUGUAUUAUAGUUCGUGUUCACAGAUCUGUCUGCUAGGUUGGGAAGAUGAAUGAGAGCCUGCAGUGUCUUGAAUUUUGCUUUUAGUGUAGCAUAGACUUGCCCAGAAAUUUGCUUCGAUGGCUAAAAAUAAAUGCAAUUUUGAAGGGUUUUUUUUUUUUGUCUUGUUUCUUUGGCAGCAAAAUCUUGCGCGUGUGUGUGUAUAUGUGUGUGUGUGUGUGUAUAUAUGUAUAUAUAUAUAUAUAUAUAUUUUUUUUUUUUUUUGUACGAUCCAAAUCAUAUAUGUAUGAAGAAAAUAUUAUUUGUGUGGGAAUGUUCUACUUGGACAGGUAAUUCUCCUUCUGUUUGAAUACAUUGGGAGUGCUAUGUAAAAUACACUGUGUGGAUAUCAGUGUGUUGCUGAAUGGAACAUACCAUUGUUUGCUGUAAGAUUGUGUAUCACACAGUGUAGUGUGAUACAGAUGCAUUGGGCCAUACACAGCUUUUCCUUUUUGUCGCCUCAUUAAUCAGCUGUAAUUGGUAGGCAUGUAAUAAUGGGUACAGUGCAGCUGAUCGAACCUUUAUUGUCCAAGGUUUGGAUUGGGACCUCCAUAGACAUCUGUAUCCUCCAAGCCUGAAGAAAAAAACCAUAGAGGUCUAAGAAACUUGCAUUCUAAAACAGUUCAUACAAUAAAGGAUCACCUUUAUCUGCUCUCUGUAUUCAUGUGGCGAAUACUGUAACCACCACUUAGUAAAGGACACAUUAAGGCUACGGUUACACCCUAUAGGAGGGCAGGUCAGAGUGGAUUCCAUGUUAUCUGCUAAGGAAGCAGUGGCCAUCAGUUGUAAUAUAAUGAUAAUGUCUAAAUGUACAGAGGUAUGUCCUGUAGUGACAUGUGUGCAUGGACCAGAUAUCUGUAAGUGCUAGGAAUAUCUUUGUGGAGAAGUUGUAACUCUCAUGAUAUCUUGCUAGUCAGAGGUCCAAACAGUCUGAGCUCUAACUUACAGCGAGUGCUGCAUUAUAGUUGUUGGUGAAGCAAGUAACGGCAAUCUGUGUCUGUUGAUAUUGUGAAUUAUUUCUUGUAGUUUAAGUGGCGAAUCCACCUUGGAGAUCUCCUCUAAAGGACUACUUCACUGCAAAGCUGAGAAUUACAUGGUUAGAUUUGUAUAGACAAAAUAUUUGUAUUGGUUAAAUUAUUCUUCAUUUAUAGUGCAUAUCAGCCAACUUGCAAUACACCAUAUUAGUACUUAUAUUUUUACGUUGGUUACAUAAAUAGACAUAUAUUCACAAAACUUUUAAGUAGUUAGGCAAAAAAGGGUGUGUCUUUGUAUCUAUAUGUGUCCUAUUCAAAACCUAUAACCUUCUCACUGCUUGGCUCAGUUUAUCGUAGAUAAUCUCACCAGGCGUGCUUUAGUAUAGCGCUUUAAUGUGCUCCCGUCCUACUGUUAAUUGACACCCUUCUAUGAUCACACAGGUGGCAAAACGCAAUAAAUUAUGUCUAUAAUUUAUGAAGUAAAGUAGGUCAAGCGACAAUCCCCAUAGGAAGCUAUUAUCCGUACCAAACUGAGCUGGUUACUGGCGUAAAAUACUUUUUACAUACUUUAGUCUGCCAGGCAUAUUGCGCCCUUUAAAUAAUACCAAGUUUUGUAUAAUAAUUGUUACACGACAACGGUCUCCUCAAAAAAGUAUUUUUAUUUUUUUUAACUAUCUUUUGCUCAUGUUUUGAAAGGAAAUAGAUUUUUGUUAAAUGAAGGAUCACAAUAUGACCAAAUCCAACAGCCUUAUAUAUACCUGCUGCAUGGGUUGGACAGUCUCUAUGGUCUUUCUGCUUCAUUGCAGGGAGUAAAUCAGGUAAGACCAUAGAAACACACUGUCCAACCCAAGGUGUAUGUACAUGGCUGAUGGAUUUUGUCACCAUAUAUAUGGUAGGGAUGAGUUGUGGUGUUUUCUUGUAUUUGUAAAUCUCCCUCCCCCCCCCCCCCCAUUUACAAAAAAUAAAAUCAAUGAAUUUGCUUUCUAAACUUGGUGAAAGGAUUAUUAUAUAGUAAAACUAGUUUUGAGGUGACGUUGUCCAUUAAGCACUGAAUUCUACGCUUCUAGUAAUUCCAUUUUACAGGUUCCAUCUAGGAGUAUAGUGUAUUCAGGUUUACAUAGAUUUCUUAAGUUUGUUGGUUUUACACACCCUUUUUGUAGGCUCACCAUAGUGGUUAUAGUGCUGAGAAUUCCUUAUGCUUUCAUAUGGUAACCAAACCGUUUUUGAAUGGUUUAACCCAGUGGUUCCCAAGGUUUUUAGGUUCAAGGCACCCUUAAUAUUUCAUUAUUUUUCCAAGGCGCCCCAAGUCAAAACUAAAUUCUAGUUUGUAUAUCUGUACAGCGCUGUGGCAUAUACUGUUGCUUUAGUAUAAUGUAUAGUGUUGGUGUUUGAUUGAAUGGGUACUUGUAUAUAAUUUUAGUAUUUUAAUACAGGGGUGUGUAAUGUCUGCAUUUGACUGCAGGGGUGUGUUUUGAUAUAAUGCUGGCGUUUAAAUGUUGAUAUGCGUUUGUGUGUAGUAUUGGUGUUUGAGUGAAGGGGUGUGUUUGUAUAUAAUUUUGGAAUUUGACUGCAGGAAUUUAUUUGUGUGAAAUUGCAGGAGUGUGUAUGUUGUGCUGAUGUUUGACUGCUUCAAUGUAUGCACAUACACUACCACAUACAUACUUACACAGAUAUACAUAUACAUUAACACACAGAUGUAUCUCUCUCUCUCUGUGUUAAUGUAUGUGUGUGUGUAUAUAUGUGUGUGUGUAUGUAUAUAUAUGUAUGUGUGUGUGUAUAUAUAUAUAUAUAUAUAUAUAUAUAUAUAUAUAUAUAUAUUAUACAUUACAUGCACGCAUACCUCGGUUUACGAAUUCAAUAUGUACUCUGGUACGUUAUGUAUUGAGAAACAUUUGUCAACCUAAAUAUGGUUUCCCAUAGGAAUGCAUUAAAAACCAAUUAAUCCUUUUUCCGGAGGUCAGAAAAAGUCAAAAUUAGCUGGCAUGGAAACCAACACACAAUGCAGAACACACAGUAAAAGGCAUGCAAACGACAAAGCUCAGCUCCCUACCUUUCCACAGCUUGAGAAAUGCACCAAAAAGUCCCAAAACCGCUGCAAAAAUUUACAGAAUGGCUCCAAAAUCCAAUGCAAAAACUACAACACCUCCACACUCGACGCCACGUGCUACCCACAGACAGCAUACACAGGGGCGGUGCUAUAAACCUCCCAGGCACAAUGCAUCCUGGGGAAACUUGCUUUGUAUUGCGGAAAAAAUUUGUAAACUGGGCCAUUAUUUUCAAUGGAUUUUCAUUUAUAAACCAAAAAUUGUUAACCGAAGCAUUUGUAAACCGAUGUACCACUGUUUAUAUGUGUGUAUAUGUAUGUAUGUGAUCAAUUUUAUGUCUUUAGCAAUCCUACUGUUGGCUUACCUUUUGUGUUCAUGAGGGUGGCUUAUUUGAAGUCCUGGUCCUGCUGGUGGGAGUAAGGGGUCUGAAGCAACUUCUCGUGUCCCUCUCCCCUCCCAUAAUACUCCCUCUGUGGCUGCCUCCUCUUUCUCCCACACAGUCUCUCUGCGUGAAACUGAAAGGAAGUGACAGGCUGUCACUUUCUCUCAGCCAGCCAACACUACAGAGGCCUGGUCUCGGUCAUAAAGGGCCGCGGCACCCGACCAGGCCCAUGUUAAGCAAAAAUGUUUCCUGUGUUACGAUCAUAGCACCUGGGAAAUAUUUUGUGGCGUUCCUGUGUGCCUAUCAUGGCGCCCCAGCGCGCCACGGCACACAGUCUGGGAACCGCUGGUUUAACCCUUUUUUACCAUAGUUCCAUGGGCCCCCACAAGAUCCAUUCCCCUCUUCAGAUAUUUCUAAAUUCCCUCUCAGCAUUAUUGACAUUAAGUUUAUCUCUAUUUUGAUGUCAGGAAUAUGGAAGUAGGGCCUUCUGUUUGUAAUCUGAUAAGGAGCUUUCAAACCAGAGGUUUCAAUAUGGGUUUGAUUACUUACGUGGGGUAUUAACAGACAACACCUGGCACAGCUAUGCUGUUGUGGCAGUGGUUCUUGGAGUGUUUCUGUUAAUGCUUCACUGAGAUGGCACUGAAAGGGCAGAGGUCAAUGGAAAGUAUAUCCUGAAUUAAAGCUGUCAGUCUGUGGAGUGGAAUGUUGCCGUUUGUGAUACAAAAUGCUUUUAUUUAGAGCAAAUCUGUCUGGUAAGGAAUGGUAUAAGGCUUGCUUUGGAUACUAAUGGCUCUAGAUUCUUACAAAGGUUGAUAAAACUUGAAGACAUUAGGGGCAGACAUUUUUGAGCAAACUGUCAGGGUAGGCGUGUGGAUUAUUAAUAUUAAUAUUGGUAUUUAUAUAGUGCCAACUUAUUCUGCAGCACUUUACAAUAUUAUGAAAGGGGAGAACGUUUACAAUAAAUGAGACAAUUACACAGUGACACAGGAACAAUAGGUAGAUGAGGGCCCUGAUCAAACGAGCUUACAGUCUAGAGGAGGUGGAGUACAAAUACACAACAGGACAGCAAGGGUGACAGCCACCAAACAGGAUGGAGUGUGGCUCUUCAGGAGAGCAAGAGACAGAUUUGGAUAGGUAUAGAUAAGUUACUCUGGGAGACCAUAAGCAUUUCUGAACAGAUUUUUUUUUUUGAGGGACUUCUCAAACCAUUGAAGACUAGGGGAGAGUCUGAUGGGGGUAGGCAGGAUGUUUCAAAGAAGGGAAGCCGUCCGCGAGUUAGCGGUAAGGGUGGAUAGAACAUAGCUUUGUGGGGAGUCUUCGGUGUGUGUGGCUAUCCAGAUGAGAUCAAAGGUCCAUCUUGUGUUAUCGUAUGCCUUUCUGGAAGGUAUAAAACCCACUUGGUCCAGGUGUAUGAGUUUGUGUACAUAGGGGUUUAUCCUGUAUGCUAGCAAUUUUGUAAGUAGUUUGACGUCUACAUUUAGUAGGGAAAUCGGUCGGUAGUGACUCGGAUCCAGGUGGGUUUUGUUUGGCUUGGAGAGGAGGCACAUGUUUGCUCAUAACAUGUCAGGAGGUAGGGGGUUCCCCUGUAGCACGGAGUUAAAAAGGUUGCAUAGAUGUGGGAGGAGCGCUGCUGGGAACGAUUUAUAGUAAAGGCCCAUGAAACCGUCUGGUCCCGGGCUCUUGUUAGGUUUGGUGUUAAUAGUUUUAGCGAUUUCUUCAAUGGUGAUUGGUUCGCUUAUUUUGGCGAUUGCCUCCGGUUUUAGGGCUUGUUUUCUGUAGGUAUGUUUCUAUCGUUUGUUUUGUUGUGUCUGGGUGUGUUCGUGUGGCUGGGCUAUGCUCAUAUAGUGUGGUAAAGUAUUGUUGGAAUAUCUCCCAUAUUUUUAUAUUGCCCCGUAUGACUGCCUUAUGGGCGGCCCACAGUACGCCCGGUGAGGGUGCCGUGGCCGUAUUCAGGGUAAAAUAUUUUGUGAGUUCUGUAUGUAUCGUGUCUUUCAGUACGUGGUUGUGUAAUAAAGUAGGAUUAAGUCUCCAGGACCACAGGCGUGCCACGUUGGGGAUCUUGAUGGAUAUUGCAAUGUCAGCGUUGUCUGACCAGGUAAUAUUGCCUAUAGUGGCUGUGUGGACUGCUUCCGUGAGGAAGGGGGAGGUCAGGAAGACAUCAAUGCGCGAAUACGAGUUAUGUGGGUGGGAGUAGAAUGUGAAAUCCCGAGUGGUCGGGUGGAGCAGGCGCCAGAUGUCUACAAGUUGUUGGCGUAUCACGAAGUCUUGCAAUAGUUUGUCUAUUUUGUUUGUGGAGGUGGGGUAUUUGCAGGGGUCAGCGUCUGUAUAUCGUUGGUGACAGUGUGGUGUUGCAGUCACCCCCUAUGAUUUUGUGAUGUCCUGGGGUUAUGGCUAGGUGGGCGUGGAGAAUGUCCCAGAACGUUUUGUCUGGGGUAUUUGGGGCGUAUAGCGAUGUGAUGGCAUAUUGAUUGUGGCAUGCUUGUCCUGUAAGUGUUAUGUAUCGUCCUUGUGGGUCUUUAAUGACUUGUUUAGUGCUAAGUGGGCAGGAUUUCCGUAUCAGUAUUGCUACUCUGUUUUGUUUGGUGGUAGGGAAGUUCGCAGUGUGGCAUUCACGGUAGUGUCGGCUGGUGAGGGGGAAGGGUUUAGUCUGGGUGAAGUGCAUUUCCUGAAGUAGGAUUAUGUCUGCCCCUGUGCGGUUUGCCCACCUCACUAGGCGGUGUCUCUUUGCUGGGUUAUUGAGGCCCUUGCAGUUGAUGGAGAUGCAUGAUAAUUUGGUACUCAUGGCGGUACAUGAUCAGUAUGGGAGUGUUUUGGGGUUGUCAUGGUUGGGGUUGUUUAAGGGAGGAGCUAUAGCGGAAGGUGACCCUGAAGGGCUGGAGGGUGAAGAUUUGGCUGUGUGAAUGUUAGUCCGUGGUCUGUGGGCUAAAAAUGGGGACUGGGCCUUUGGAUACCUGGGGUUAGUUGUGUAUCUCUAUGGUCUGGGUUUCCUGGUCUGACACCUAGGGUGCCAGGACUGGUGGGGGCAGAGGUUGAGGGGGUGUGGGUGUUCGCGUGUAGCGGUCCCUCGCCUGUUCUCUCUGUUUUAGCCGCUAUUUGGGCGGUGGGGGAUAACUAUGACGAGGGUGUGGAAAUUGGUUUUGGGGCUGUUGGGGGGGAAGGGGUAGGUCCCCUCACCCGUGGGCUUCAGGCAGUGUGUGUUUUGCUUGUUUAUGUUUGUUUAAGGGGGGCUCUCGGCCCUUUCACGACAAGGGCAGUAGGGGGAAAGGGGUGUAACAGUUAAACUAUAUACAGUUGUGUGAGUCGCCCGUUGGUGAAGUGUGGUAUUAGAAAAGUGGUGUAGGGGAGAUGGGUGUUCCCUUUGGAGUUUUCCCCUGAGUGGGAUGAGUGGCCACUCGGGGCGUGUUUCGGCACCUGGGAUAGGUCUGGUGGACCUUGUGUAGGAGUCUGUUGGGUCUCCUAUGUGACGUGUAGCAGUGAGUGUUGUGGUGUAGUUUCUUGGUUCCUCUCUGGGAGGUGUUUGUGGUAACUAAGUAGGUAUUUUGGUUCUAGAGAGCAAUCCUUUAAGUUGUGUAGGUGGGCAAUGUUUAUGUGAGGGACUUACCUUCAUGUGGACUGUGAUCUGCAGUCUGCCGCUUUAUGUCUAUUGUCGUGUCAGUGUUUCGGUGUAUUGGUCUAUAUCAGUUGGAAGUGGGCACCUCGGUGUAAGGUGAUCUUAUUGGGUCGUGUAUGGUGAUAUGUUGUAUCCCCCCUUCCUGUUCUCUCUUCGAUGAGGAGUGUUCGGGGUUGUGUGGGUAUGUCGGUCUUAAUGUGUCUGCUUGGGAGUGAGACCUGCAGCCUUCAUUAGUUGGGCUUGUUAGGUUCUUUCAUGACCUCGUAGGGGGUAAGAGGUUCCUAUAGGUGGGUGUACCAGGGGUCCGUAUUUUGGUGGGGGGGAGGGGGGAAGUCACUUAGGUCUAUGGAGGGUACUGUAACUGGUGGGCAAAGACCUUACUGAUGCUUUAUGUAUCUAGGAUAGUGGCCUGUGUGGUGCCAUUUCCUUUUUGGCAUACUGGUGUUUCUUUUCAGGCAUUUAUAGCAUUUUAUGUAAGAGGCUCCGUUUUCUCAGAUGGAGCUGAGGGCAAGGAAUAUGUGUCAGUGUUCUGCCAGAUCUGUAGCAGGGGCCAGGGGGGUCUGAGGCAGUCUAUCAUCAUCACUGGAACAUCACAGGUCUCUUAAGUGACGGUGUUACAGUUACAGGCAAGCAUUAUUCAGAUAGCAUCAACUACUCACACAUAACUCACCUAGACAAUAUUUUCACUCAGCGCAAUAUUUAACAUUCAGCUCUAUCUGUUUACGCUGUGUCAGUCUAAAAGGAAAGUCUGGUGUUAUAGAGUUGGUUAUUCAGCAUGUCAGUUUACAUAGGUUACCGUCAGUUGUUCUACCUAAGCAAUUUGUAGCUGUGCUAUUAUCCAACCCCAUUAUUUUCUGUGUUUCCCCCCUGUUUUUCUGGCAUGGUGUUUAGUCAGGUUUUCUCUGCAAACAGUAGUUGGUGUUCUUCGUUUAUGGUGAUAUAGGUGUUAAUCGUGUUAUUUAUCUAGACUGUGUUCGGUAUUCCACUUAGUCUGUUUACAUGUUGUACCUCUGGUCACAAUAGUCUAUUUAUGCCGUUGUAGUCUUCCUGUGUUGUCCCUUUGUGUUGGUCAGACUGACUUGCUGAACUUUAGUUAUCAGCCAAUCUGUUUAUACCGAGUUUAGCUACAUUCUUCAGCUAUACAGUAGGCAGUAGUCAACAGUAGCUUUCAGUGCAAUAUACCAUAUACAUGAUCUAACUGCAACAUAUGUGCGACGCAAGUUUAUCUAUCCUUUCAAUGUUUAGCUGUUGCUUCGUCGGUUCGGUCCAUAUUCCGUUGUGAGCAAAGGGGGUCUUAGAUGGGUGUUAUGUGGGGUUAAAUGGGAGAGUUCUUUCUUGUGUUUCUGUAGUUUGAAAGUCUCCGGUGUGUUCGUAGGGGGUCAACAUUUGUAUAAGGAUUAUCCCUGAUGUGGGACUUAGGUCUAAUAUAUGGAUAAGUGGGAUAUGGUUUUUUUUUUUUUUUGGGGGGUAGAGGGAGAGGGGUAACCCUGGAGGUGCCCAGAUUCAGGCCUCCAGGAGUGGAGUACUUGCGUGUCACUGGUACAGUGUCUGUUCGGUUUGGUAAGGGUCAUUGAGGUUCGCGGUCUUCAUUCCACUGCAGGUUGUUAAAGGUGCCAGGUAAGUCGAUUGACCAGGUAACGUAUGAAUGUUCGUCGUUGUGCGAUGUGUCGAUGACGGCGUAGUGGUUUACGGCAGUCCACCUGUGGAAGUUCUUUGUGUGGAGUUAGGUUUGUUGGUGCAGGUUAGUUGAGCUGGGCUGUGUCUUCGGGUUUGUGUUCUGCCGGACCUGUUUUUCGUUUCCUGGGGGUUUGCAGCUUACGGGUGGGCUGAGGGACAGGGCCGUACCAGUCCGUGAUGUGUACCUCCGACAAGUCUAAUGCCCUCAGGAAUACCGGUACAUCAAGCGGGGUUGAGAUCGUGUGGGAGACGCGUUGGUGUGUUGUGGUAAGGGCGAAGGGAAAUCCCCAGCGAUAUCUGAGGUUCCUGGUGCGUAGCUAGUCUGUAAUAGACUUUAGGGUCCUGCGGGCCUGCAGCGUCAGCCAGGACAAGUCUGGGUAGAUAGCUACUGGUGAGCUCUGGUAUAGGAGCGGUUGUUGUGAGGAGCACAGGGCCUCCAGAACCCUGUUCUUGUCUGCUAAGUAGUGAAGUCUACAAAUCACAUUGCGUGGGGUUUUGGAAGCUGCAUUACGCGGGCGGAGAGCCCUGUGUGCUCUAUCAAUAAGCACUGGGGUGUCCGCAGUUCUUUCUAGUAGUAGCUUUAUCAGCUCCGUGAUGGUGUCGGUUACGUUUUCAUUGUCUCCUUCGCGGAGGCCUUUGAAUCUCAGAUUAUUACGACCACCCCUAUUGUCCAGGUCGUCUAGGGAGCGCUGGAGAAAUGCGAACUGGGUCUUUUGGCCUUCUAUGGCGUCCUGGAGUGUACUCAACUGGGCCUGUAUAGUGUCUGUCUUCUUCUAAUACAGAGUCUCUGUCUUUUGUUUCUUGAAAGUCGGCGCCAAUGGUGUCUAGCUUCGUUUGGAAUGCGUUUUCCAGUUUGUUUAACAUCAAGGCCAGGUCCGUUUUCGAGGGUAGGGCCCUGAUUAGCCUUUUUAUGUCUGCGUCUUGAUAAUGGGUUGACUGUUCUGAUACAGAGGGACUUGCUGGCGCGAAGCAGAGUGGUGGCGGGUUCGGUGCCAUAUUGGGGCCUUCAGUUUCGUUCUGAGGCUCGGGCCGAGUCUCUGAAAUAUGUGGUUAAAACCCUGUUUUUUCCGCCAGGAGUCUUGUUGGAUGAUUGUUGUCCUGCAUUUGAUCGUUUAGGUUGUCCCAUUUUAUCUUUGUAGUGCCCGAUGGCCGAGGAUUGAGGUCUUUAGGUUAGGUAGCGCAGCUACUGCACGUCCAUGCGGCUCAAAGGCUGGCUCCGCCCUACCCAUUUCCAAACCAUUUUAAUAUUUGUUUUCAAAAUGAAUGCAAGUUACAUUGUAUCUCUGAUUUCUGUCAGGAAUCCCUAAAGAACCCUUCACAUGCAUAUAUUUUUUUAAAAAAAGACAACCUAAGGCAGGGGUGUCCAAACUUUUUUCCAAGAGGGCCAGAUUUGAUAAAAUGAACAUGCCUGAGGGCCGACCAUAUUGCCUGACAUUCUUUGAACCAUUAAAAUUAAAUGCAAAUAAACUAUUUUAUGCAAAAUUUAUUGCAUGCGGCAUACUUUUCAUUUCAUCUCUUUAUUCUUUUAUUCUGUCCAUUCUCUUUUAUUUAUUCUGUCCCUUUAUUCUCUGUCCCUUCUCUUUUAUUUCUCCCCUUCAUUCUCUGUUCUUCCUCGACGUCCAAGAGAUCGCGAUCUCUUGGCCCCUGGUGAAUCCCAGCGCGCCGCUCCCGACCGUGGCGUUCAUAGAUCCAGGGAUCCUGAGCAGCGCUCUGGGAUUCACUGGGGGCCACAACAGAUAGGAUUAGCCAAAUAACCUGUGGGUCCGUAUUAAACCGGAACGCGGGACAUGACUGCCCUAAAACUUGUACAUGGGGGUACUGUUUUACUAUGUAGACUUCGCUGAACACAAAUAUUAGUGUUUCAGUAAAACAUAUCACAGCAAUGAUAUUGUCAGUGAAAGUGAAGGUUUUUUUUGCAUUUUUCACACACAAACUGCCCUUUCACUGAUGAUAUCAUUGUGAUACAUUUUACUGUUUUGAAACACUAAUAUUUGUGUUCAGUGAAGUCGCCCGACUAUAACAGUACCCCCCAUGUACAGGUUUUAUAGUGGUGUGUUGUGUUUUUUUUAUUCUUUAUUUUUGUGAGUAUUGGCAAACAUAAUCGAUUUUGUGAUCCGCAGGUAAAAGAUUUAUACAGUAAAUGGAUGCAUUUGCCACAUAGCUUAGUCUACUCAGUUUUUAUUAGUAAAGACGGAUUCACCCAGACUUCCCUAUCGGUGGUCCUUGGUUUUAUAGUGUUUUUGAAAGUUACAGGGUCAAAUAUAAGGCCAUUUUUUCACAUUGAAAUUUGCAAGAUUGGCUUUGAGAGCAUAUGGUAGCCCAGGAAUGAGAAUUACCCCCAUGAUGGCAUACUAUUUUCAAAUGAAGACAACCCAAGGUAUUGCAAAUGGGGUAUGUUCAGUCUUUUUUAACACACAAAUAUAAAUGCUAACUUUGGCCAGUGUUUGUGUUUGUGUUUGUGACUAAGUGGCUAAUAAAAAAGACUGGACAUACCCCAAAUUGAAUACCCUGGAUCGUUACAUUACAUUGGCCAGCUUCAAAAAUGUCCCAAAUAGGACAGGGUUCAUGAUGACCAGCUGUGAAAAGUUGGUCAUCAUGAACCCUGUUGGAAAACUGGAAUGCGCACCCUCCAAAUAAGGUCUUUUAGCCCCCAGAGAACCAGACACACCUAUACAUGGGUGGUAUCACUGUAUUCCGGAGAUGUUGCUGAACACAUAUUGAGGUGUUCUUGGCAGUAACCCUUAAAGUUCUUAAAUUGCUAUGAUUCUAAAAAAUCACCAUUUUUAAAAUGUUUUUAUUUGGCAUAACUGGUGGUAAAAUGGGUGCAUGAAAAGAGUCAAAAUACCCCAAGUUUAAUACCUUAGGACGAUAGUAUCCUUUUAAGCUGUAGUGGUUCUGGUGACUAUAGUGUCCCUUUAAGAUUUGUAGUUUGGCACUGAAAAACCUGGCUCCUAGAUCCCAAGCAAAUUUGUCAAGCCCUGGCUUACUGUAACACCGCCUGCCCAGAGUACCUGAGAUGAGGGAAGCCUCUGGUUAAUAACUGAAUUCCAGCCAUUUAUUUUGAGCAAGAACCACAGACUUAACCAAGAGAUCCCACUGGCGUUCUUCUAGUUUCUCAGUGAUAUGUGCUCAAUCGUAGGUUCUGUGCUUUGUUUUAUUUCAAGAACUGUAUUUUGCAUUGGUCUAUUGCCAAUUCUGUCUUUGAACUCUAGGAUCUAAAUUUACCAAUCUAUAGAGACAUGGUUGUCAUUCACUAAAAUGCUGUGUAAGGAAUUGAGUGGACAUUUGUAAUUUAAAGGCAAAUGCUGCAAAUAUAUCAAAACUAUUUGAACAGAAUAAAUCUUUCAUAGAAAUAAGAAUUCAAAACUUAAUCUCCGCUUAUCACUGGACGCCCAUUGUAUGUAACAGUAUGUACUCUUAAAGGGGAGGCAGUGCAGAUGGCAGCCCAGGGACUCAAAUUUGGUGUUAAAUCAUUAUAAAUCAACACUAAUCUUCUUUUUUACCUUCUGGAUUAUUUGCAUAUUUCUUGCUAUUCAUCAGUCAGGAGUCUGUCAGUGGUAUAAUCUUGCGCAUGUGUGAGAGUAGUACUCAGAGAUCUGUGGAGGCUGCUGUAAGAGGGCAGGAGCCUUCAUAGACAGAGCUUUUUUAUUUUUGUGAAAUGCUCAUUUUAGGAGAGAGGGCUGUUGGAUGCUUUGAGGUAUACAGAUUAACCCCUUAAGGACACAUGACAUGUCUGACAUGUCAUGAUUCCCUUUUAUUCCAGAAGUUUGGUCCUUAAGGGGUUAAGGAACAACGUGCAUAAAAAUCAAUUUUUACUUUUUAUAAGGCUACUUCAAAUCACCUAUCCCAGCAAACAAAUAUGAGGAUUCAGUUCCACCAUACGGCCAUAUUGUGUUAAGCCGGUCAAAUUAAAUAGUGCUAGUGAUAUAUAAUAUGUUUCCCACGUUGGGAUUGGUGUAGGGCCCACUGAUAUUGGGGUACUGUGAUGUAGUGGUGGGCUUGGCACAAUAUGGCCAUAUUGAAUCCCCAUAUUUGUUUGCCGAGAGGUGAUUUUUAAGUAGCCUUAUAAAAUGUAUUUAUUAUGUAUACAUUUUGGUCUCUAUGGCAGCACCAUUGCUGAGAAAUGCAUGCUCUGCGUGUACCCCCAAUUCCCGUUUUUAAAUAAAAAAAAAUAAAUAAAAAAAAAAUUCUUUAUUUUGUGGGUAGAACAUCAUCAUAACAUUGUCACAAAGUAGGCUUAACAUCAGUCAUAGGAACAGAUUUUGAUACAAACAGGGGAGCAACCCAAUUUUAAUUUUUGAGUUGUUCAGCCCACUCUUGCUUAAUCUAAGGGGGGUCACAAGCUGGGUCUGAGGGGCGAAAUUGCGCAGCGGUUCAAUGCCCAUAUGAAUAGAAGCGCGGUUCUGCUUUUAUAGUAGACAUUGGGCACCUCUGGGCACGGUCCUUCCAUAGCUUGCCUCUGCGUUGGCUUAAUGCCAUAGCAGGGUGGAAAGGCCUGGGUCGCUUGCAGUGUGAGUGGAGAGAGGACUAUGGUAAGCCAAAAUGAGGGUUGCUUAUUACACUCCAGAAUAAGGGUGGUGGGGGGGGGGGUGAAGAGCUGAACGUGGUGAGCUAAUUAGCAGCAUACAGAGCCAGUGGAAAAGGGCUGUUGCAACAACAGAGGGAACAUUGAGAACUCUUAUGAACUACAACAGAUAGAAAGGUAGAGAGAAGGGGAACAUGUUCAUCUACAGAGUUAUCAGGUAGGUAAUGCGGCUGUUUUCAGGGUCGGUCCUCUAGGCACAAAGGGGGUAAUUUCUGCGACAGUCCAGGUUGGUCAGGGUGCCUCCUGUGCCGUCGGUGUUGGUAGGCCGUGACUGAAGGAAGGUCGAUAUCUCGGAGGCGUAUGUCUUGCCCGCCUUAUCCAUCUGUAGUCGGUGUGGGCCCCACUUGUAAGGAAUGGCUUGUUUGUGGAGUAGCUGGGUGACCUGCCGGAAAGACUUCCUCCAUAUUACGGUGUCUCUCGACAGAUCUCUAUAGAACGACAAUUGCGCUCCUUCAAAUGGCACUGUGGUGGAUCCUCUUGCGGCCACCAUAAGUAUACCCCAGUCAGUCUCCAUCAUCAAUCACCUGCUUGGCUUGCCGCGGCAUCAAUAAGGUGGCUAUGAGCCUCCGGCCGAAAUGUGACAACUCUGUGCCAGAGACUCUCUGGUACACCCCGGACUCUCAUGUUCCUUACCUUGUUUGUAUCUUCCAUGCUGGCCAAUUGUGCUUGCUGAUUGGCACAUUGUUUUCUCAGGGAGCUCAGUGCUGCGUCGGUGGCAUUUUGUGCUAGCCUGGCGCCUCCCAUGCUUUCCUCAACCCCUGCCACCCUGUUGGUGAGUGUGGCAACAUCCUCUCGCACCAAUGCCAUGUCUGCUUGAAACAUGGACUUAAUGUCCUGCAUCAGGGCUUUUAUAUCCGCCUUGGUGGAAGGUGCUGAGUCUCCUAUGUCCAGGGGUCUUUGGAGUAUCUGUCUAGCCUGGUUCUGUAUAGCAGGCUCGGCAUAGAUACUGUCCUCGCCCGAGUAUUGCGUGGUAUAGGCCUCAGGCACCAUCUUGGGAUUCUCAGCCCGUGCAGCCGCGCGGAGGAAAGCUCCAAUAUCUCCGGAGCCGGACCCAGGAUCCGCGAGCUGUUUCUUGCUUUUCUUCCCCAUGGUGUUGGGAGCCUGUGGGUCUCUCUUUUAAGGCACUUUUAGGUCUGUGUGUAACGGUUUCGGAGCAGUUAAUUCUGGGCAAUGCUCGGAGCUGCAGAGAUGAGUCUAGCUUGCUCGAGCGCUGGCUCUGCCCCUUUAUUAUUUUUUAAAAUGUAUUUUUUUUUUUUUAAGAGACUUUAAAGUAAAUGACACUGAGUCCAACCACUAAACCAACUUACAGAGAAGAAGUUUUUUUUUGAGGGCACGGAGGCCCUUUAAGGAUUAAUGCUGCAGAGACACACAAUCUCUGUAAACACUUUGGGUUUGCCCACAUCCUCUGGUCAUACCUUGACUCCUCCAAAGCUCUAUUAUCAAUUUCUGUAGAAGUAUAUGGUAAAAAUUUACCACAACAAAAGUUUCAAGUCUAUAGAGUUCAGCCUUGCAAUCUAAAGCCCCCCUCUCCCCCCCCAUAUCCUACAUUCUUGUAAUAGGAAUGCUUGAUGCAUUUCAAUCUCUAACCUGCAUUGUGUGAUAACUUGGUGCAUGAGGUGAGGUGGUGAGAGGAUUUGUGCUAUAGCUGUGAUAACACUUGAUUACCCUUUCUUUCAGGGCUGGUCCUUGACAUGUGAGCGGAGAUACAUCUGUAUGCGAAAAUACUGAUCCGAUUUCUGGACGUGUGCUAUGCUGGAAGGUGGUGGCUGCUCAGACGCAAGUAAGUAGCUUAGUAAAGGAGUGAUCUAGUAGUUGGUUAUCGAUGUGAGAUGUGCAUGUGAAUGAGGAUGAUCUCGGGGCUAUGCUUGAUAUUUUUUAAUUUCAUGUUUGCAACAGUUUUGUUACUCCAGGCAUCAUGGCCACCUCAGGAAUUUUGCUAUGAAAAGCUAUGUAACACCAUCUGCAGCAGCAUCAUUAGGGCAUAAUCUGCCAGCCUAGAUCUAGAGUUCUGUCUGGCUAAUGUCAGUUCUAUGCAACUUUACAGUAUAUCCAUCAUUGGUUGAGGGCAGUCAGCUGACAUUCUCAGCCAAUGAAUGUCGAUCGCUGCUGCUUUGGAUGCAUGUCACUGGAGCACUAGGGAGCCUCAGUCUGGCGAGGUCCUAAGUAAGGGGGAAAACUAUGUCAAAUGGCUCAAUUCAUUACUGGGAAACUAGCAUCAUAACCAGUACAGCGGGCAGUACCUUUAAAGGAUCACUAUAGGGUCAGGAACACAAACUUGUAUUCCUGACCCUAUAGUGUUAAAACCACCAUCUAGCCCCUUGGGCACCAUCAUGCCUCCCUAAAUAUAGCAAAAUCUUACUGUAUUCAAGCCUGAAGCUGUAACUCUGCAUGCUGUUUGCCUUUUAAAAAAACAAAAACACAAAAAACAAGCAGUCUGCUGACAUCAUCUGAAGUGGUAGCCUGAUCCAAUCACAGUGCUUCCCCAUAGGAUUGGCUGAGACUGACAAAGAGGCAGAUCAGGGGCAGAGCCAGCAUGAUUCAAACACAGCCCUGGCCAAUCAGCAUCUCCUCAUAGAGAUGAAUUGAAUCAAUGAAUCUCUAUGAGGAAAGUUCAGUGUCUGCAUGCAGAGGGAGGAGAUACUGAAUGUUUGGAUGCAUUUUAGGCAGCCAUGACCCAGGAAGGAUCUCUAACAGCCAUCUGAGGAGUGUCCAGUGAAGUUAUCACUAGGCUGUAAUGUAAACACUGCAUUUUCUUUGAAAAGACAGUGUUUACAGCAAAAAGCCUGAAGGUAAUGAUUCUACUCACCAGAACAAAUGCAAUAAGCUGUAGUUGUUCUGGUGACUAUAGCGUCCCUUUAAGCUGAGUAUUGAUUAAUGCAGAAUGAGACUUUUGAUUUGCUGUGCCAUUUCCAUGUCUGAGCAGAGCUCACAGCAAAACCUGAUAAAGCAGCCAGUGCGUUACCUGUAUCUGUUUAGUCUGCUUCAGCAGAAGUCUUCCAACUGAAACAGAAUUAUCGCUCUGAAGCUAGCAUUGUGAUAAGGUUACAGAAAUUAUAUCUAGAAUAUUUUCUUUCCCUGUAACUGACUCAUAUUUUAUGGUAAUGAGAUACCCUGGUAGUGUGCUUUAUGAUGUCCAUAAUACAAAAUUGUGGAGAGGGGGGGGGGGGUGUCUUGGGGGAAGAAUUGACCAGAAAGUUCUGAUGCCACUUAUGAUUUCAUGCCCACACUGCUGUGGUUUGAUGCAAUCCUUUGUUUGACAUAGUUUAGCCUCCAUGUACUGUUAGGUGUUACCUGAAUUGUUAGCGGUGUGUAAUUAUAAAGAAUAAAGGCUUGUGGUGGGUCAUUGAUCUGUUACCUGAUCACAAAAGGAGAAAAAUGUUGGUGUAUUUAAUAGUUGUGACAUGUGGCAGGAUUACACAAGGUGUGGGGUGGCUGUUUGACAUUUUGCAGGAUUACACAAGUGGCGGGGUGGCUCUGCGCCAUGUGGCAGGAUUACACACGCAGGGUGGCUGUGUGACAUGGCAGGAUAACACGUUUUGGGUUGGCUGUGUGACGCGGCAGGAUUAUACACGUGUUGGGGUGGUUGUGUGGUGGCUGAGUGACACGUGGCAGGAUUACACAUGUGUUGGGGUGGCUGUGUGACACGUGGCAGGAUUACACACGUGUUGGGGUGGCUGUGUGACACGUGGCAGGAUUACACACGUGUUAGGGUGGCUGUGUGACACGUGGCAGGAUUACACACGUGUUGGGGUGGCUGUGUGACACGUGGCAGGAUUACACACGUGUUGGGGUGGCUGUGUGACACGUGGCAGGAUUACACACGUGUUGGGGUGGCUGUUUGACAGAUGAAGCUGGAUUACAUAUACAGAUGUGGUGGGGGAGAAUUUUGUGAGUUGGUAACAGCCUUAAAGGUGUGCUGUAGUCACCAGAACCACUGCAGCUUAAUGUAUAGCAUACGGCUUCUUGUAUGGUAAUGGUUCUCUGUCUAUUACCUCUUCCUUCGUGCUAAGCAGUGAAAACUGCAUUUUCAGAUUAGUCGUGUUUACUUUGCUGGCCAGUAACAUUAUACUGACUGUCACUCACUGCCUCCCUUCUGUCCGUCUAUCUGGAGGAGGUUUCAAUUACUCUUUGAAUAAUGUGUCUGUAUUAGAAUAUGAUUUAUUAACCCUCCAUGUAAACACUACAGUCCCAGAGUAAGCCUGAGACUCCACACAGAGGGAGUCAGGCCUUGCACUGUGAGAGUGAAUGCCCCCUCCCCACUGGAUAGGCCUGGCACUGUGAGGGUGAAUGCCCCCCUCCCCAUUGGAUAGGCCUGGCACUGUGAGGGUGAAUGCCCCCCUCCCUACUGGAUAGGCCUGGCACUGUGAGGGUGAAUGCCCCCCUCCCUACUGGAUAGGCCUGGCACUGUGAGGGUGAAUGCCCCCCUCCCCACUGGAUAGGCCUGGCACUGUGAGGGUGAAUGCCCCCCUCCCCACUGGAUAGGCCUGGCACUGUGGGGGUGAAUGCCCCCCUCCCCACUGGAUAGGCCUGGCACUGUGGGGGUGAAUGCCCCCCUCCCCAUUGGAUAGGCCUGGCACUGUGGGGGUGAAUGCCCCCCUCCCCAUUGGAUAGGCCUGGCACUGUGGGGGUGAAUGCCCCCCUCCCCAUUGGAUAGGCCUGGCACUGUGAGGGUGAAUGCCCCCCUCCCCAUUGGAUAGGCCUGGCACUGUGGGGGUGAAUUCCCCCCUCCCCACUGGAUAGGCCUGGCACUGUGAGGGUGAAUGCCCCCCUCCCCACUGGAUAGGCCUGGCACUGUGGGGGUGAAUGCCCCCCUCCCCACUGGAUAGGCCUGGCACUGUGGGGGUGAAUGCCCCCCUCCCCACUGGAUAGGCCUGGCACUGUGGGGGUGAAUUCCCCCCUCCCCACUGGAUAGGCCUGGCACUGUGAGGGUGAAUGCCCCCCUCCCCAUUGGAUAGGCCUGGCACUGUGGGGGUGAAUUCCCCCCUCCCCACUGGAUAGGCCUGGCACUGUGAGGGUUAAUGCCCCCCCAUGCCUGGCACACUGAGGGUUAAUGCCUCCCGGAUGCCUGGCACACUGAGGGUUAAUGCCCCCCGGAUGCCUGGCACACUGAGGGUUAAUGCCCCCCGGAUGCCUGGCACACUGAGGGUUAAUGCCCCCCGGAUGCCUGGCACACUGAGGGUUAAUGCCCCCCAUGCCUGGCACACUGAGGGUUAAUGCAUCCCCCCUCGGAGGUCUGGCACACUGAGGGUUAAUGCCCCCCCCCCGGAUGCCUGGCACACUGAGGGUUAAUGCCCCCCAUGCCUGGCACACUGAGGGUUAAUGCCGGUUAGUGUAGGCCCCGGGGCUAUUAUUAGCCUCCCCAGUGUAUCCGGCUCACGUGCUGCCCGGGGGGGGGAGGGUGGAGCUGGCGGCCCCGUCCCCGCUGUCUGAGCAUGCGCACUGCGCCCUGUCGCGGGUGCGGUCGAUGGGAGCCGCAGUGAGAGUCGGAGAGGGAGGCCGCUCGCUGUGCUCUCAGCUCCGGAUGGGGACGUGGAUCUGGGACGGGCCCCUGGCUGCCUGCUGCUGAGGCUGUGCCGGGAGAAGCGAUGCCCUGCCUCCCCCUCCAUGACUGGCAAAGCGACCCCCAGCGUGCUCUACUCAUGGAAAGGGGUCCUCUUUACCUGCCUGUCCGGGAGUGACCCCAGGAAAGGUAAGGGCCCCUGGGGACCCACGUGUUCUGUACCAGGCUUUGGGUGUAAUAUCUGCUCGAUAGCCCUCUCCCAGCCCAGUCUGGCAUUAAAGGGACAAUAUCUGAUUAAAGGGACAAUAUCUGUCCUGCACGGAGCAUACCCGUCUGUCCCCAGUCUGGCAUUAAAGGGACAAUAAUCUGUCCUGCACGGAGCAUACCCCGUCUGUCCCCAGUCUGGCAUUAAAGGGACAAAUCUGUCCUGCACGGAGCACACCCCGUCUGUCCCCAGUCUGGCAUUAAAGGGACAAUAUCUGAUUAAAGGGACAAUAUCUGUCCUGCACGGAGCAUACCCCGUCUGUCCCCAGUCUGGCAUUAAAGGGACAAUAUCUGUCCUGCACGGAACAUACCCCGUCUGUUCCCAGUCUGGCAUUAAAGGGACAGUAUCUGUCCAGCACGGAGCACACCCCGUCUGUCCCCAGUCUGGCAUUAAAGGGACAGUAUCUGUCCUGCACGGAGCACACCCCGUCUGUCCCCAGUCUGGCAUUAAAGGGACAGUAUCUGUCCUGCACGGAGCACACCCUGUCUGUCACCAGUCUGGCAUUAAAGGGACAGUAUCUGUCCUGCACUGAGCAUACCCUGUCUGUCUCCAGUCUGGCAUUAAAGGGACAAUAUCUGUCCUGCACGGAGCACACCCCGUCUGUCCCCAGUCUGGCAUUAAAGGGACAAUAUCUGUCCUGCACGGAGCACACCCAGUCUGACAUUAAAGGGACAUUAUCUGUCCUGCACGGAGCACACACAGUCUGUCCCCAGUCUGACAUUAAAGGGACAAUAUCUGUCCUGCACGGAGCAUACCCUGUCUGUCCCCAGUCUGGCAUUAAAGGGACAUUAUCUGAUGUGGGGUAGGUCUGUCCUGCUUGAAGCAGGCCCCCAGCACCCUAUUUGUCAUGAUCAUUUACUGCGGGUCUCAUAGAGUGCAACCUUCAUUUAAGAAAACUUAAAGAAUACCAUAUCCUUUAGGCUAUUUCUGUCUUAGCUUGUGUAUGGUAACAACUGAUUGUGAUGGGAAGAGCAUUUGUUUCCCUUCACCAUGAGGAGUCUAUGGGCCUGGGAGGUUAUUGCAGUGGGUAGGGUUACACAGAAUAACAUCUAAAGCCAUGCUGUAAUGAAAUCCUGUGUGAUGUGUAAAUAGGCCAUGACACAUUCCUUUAAUUGUGUACACCAGCUGAGAGCUAUUAUGGAUUAGUCUGGGAAGGACACACAUGAAUAGAUGGAAAACUUUCAGGGUUAUUCCUACUCUGAAUUGUAGCAAAUUGAAUCUAAAAUGUAGCAAAUUUAGGCCAAAAACACUGCCGAAAAAUGUUUAGACCAUCUAUUUUAGACUGCAUUUAGUCAGCUUGCAGUUCUUUACAUGGAGAGUAGUAUAUAACUCUGCCAUUUUGUUUAGAAAAUGAUUCAUAAAUUACAAACUUGUAAUGCUCUUACCGUAUACUUGGCUCCUGCAAAUUGAUAUGAAAAAAAACAUGUACUUUGUAGAAAACUGUCUGUGUAAGAUAACCCAUACAAUGACCAACCAAGAGUUAGUACCUACCUCUCAAUAUUACAUACAUGUAGGUUGGAGGGGCCUGAUAGAUCCUCUGGUUAUGCACUAUACCCACAUUUGGCAAGUAGAUUCCAGCUUUACACCACAAUAGAGCUGGGAAAGUAAUGGGCAUAAUUAUUUACAUAGUGGGAAUUGUCAGGAAUUCAAGACCAAUUUUAAAUUUCAGGCAAAUAUUUGACUUGCAAAGCAAUUCCAGCCAGUAAUAAGUUUGUAUAGUUUUGCUAUGCUUUUUAAUUUGGUUAUUUAGGCCUAUAAUUUGAAAUACACUUUGAAUUCCUGGUAAUUUCCACGUUGUGUAUAAGCCCCAUGUUGACUUGUUAUGCGUUGUUGGUUAGUCUUGUGGUUUCGUUCCACUUUAGUGAAAUGUUUUCAGUAUGUUCUCGUCUUUGGCUGGUAAAUGGUUAGUAAUGCUAAAAUCUUGGUGUUAAUUGGCUCCUCUAGAAGUUAAUAUUACAAUAUUUAACGUGUUAAAACUAAUUUUAUUUUUUUUCAAUGCAGAAAUGAGCCGUCAGACUGCUACAGCCAUCCCUACAGGUACUUCCAAGUGUCCCCCAUCCCAGCGAGUACCAGCUCUGACGGGAACAACUGCAUCCAACAAUGACCUGGCAAGCCUGUUUGAAUGCCCAGUGUGCUUUGACUAUGUUUUACCACCCAUUCUCCAGUGUCAGAGCGGCCACCUUGUUUGCAGCAAUUGUCGGCCAAAGCUCACAUGUUGUCCGACCUGCAGAGGCCCUUUGGGAUCCAUCCGUAAUUUGGCAAUGGAAAAGGUGGCCAACUCUGUACUUUUUCCCUGCAAAUACGCUAGCUCUGGAUGUGAGGUAACGUUGCCGCACACGGAAAAAGCGGAUCAUGAGGAGCUGUGUGAGUUUCGUCCUUACUCUUGUCCCUGUCCUGGGGCUUCUUGUAAAUGGCAAGGCUCCCUGGAUGCAGUCAUGCCUCACCUAAUGCAUCAGCAUAAAUCUAUAACAACAUUACAAGGAGAGGAUAUUGUAUUCCUGGCUACAGACAUUAACCUUCCAGGAGCUGUCGACUGGGUUAUGAUGCAAUCUUGCUUUGGGUUUCACUUCAUGUUGGUUCUGGAGAAACAAGAGAAGUAUGAUGGUCAUCAGCAGUUCUUUGCAAUUGUGCAGCUAAUAGGAACGCGCAAGCAAGCAGAAAAUUUUGCCUACCGGCUGGAGCUAAAUGGCCACCGGCGGCGAUUGACUUGGGAAGCUACUCCACGCUCUAUUCACGAGGGAAUUGCAACUGCUAUCAUGAACAGUGACUGUCUAGUUUUUGACACCAGCAUCGCACAGCUGUUUGCAGAAAAUGGCAAUUUAGGAAUUAACGUAACCAUCUCCAUGUGUUGAAAGCUGCAUUCAAAUACUUCCAGGCCAGUGUUCCACUUCCCAUCCAGCGCUCAAUAUCCAUCUGUACUGCCGGCCUCCCGCCACAAGCAGGAAUUCCACUUACAGGAAGCAGUUGCAUGUAGAAACACUAAUAUUUAAAAACAAAACAAAAAAAAACCACUGAAAUAUAUAGACACCCAGCGGGUCAACUUUUGUACGUAAAGCGAAAAAUCUUUAAAAAAAAAAAAAAGGAAAUAACAAAGCAACAAAAAUCCAACAUUAAAUGUAAAAUAAUCCCCAAUGAAUUUGUGUUUGUAGUUUGUACAGUGAAAUUAUGUGUGUUUUAUUUCCCUCCUGUUUGACGGACAAGCCAUUUUGCGCGGUUUAGAGCCACUGCGAUCCUCACACGUCACUCUAUAGAAUUGCUGCUGUUUUGUGUACUUUUUUUUUUUUUGGCUAAUUUUUAUUAACUUCUAGUUUUUCAUUCAAUAAAUUUGACUCUUUUCUGUAAUUAAGGUUUUUUUUGUACACAUUUGCAAUGCAUAAUUUUGGAUUAAAGAUAUAAAUUUUUUUUAUUUUUUUUUAAACUUUAUUUUAAAAUGUUUCUAGUAUGGAUUUGAGGAAUGUGUUUAAUGUUACAUGAUCCUGAACUAAUUGGCUUUGCUGUAUGUAUAGCCAAAAGGCUUCUACUUCUGCCAUCUAUGCAAUCUGAUCUGGCAGAUUCUACAAUUCCCAUAACCCCCAUUAGGGAUAAUGGGGAUUGUAGCUGAAUAAUGCCAAGUAUAUGUAUAUCCCUGGAUCUCCAGCACAACCUCAAUUGCAGAAUGAAUGUCAAACCACAUAUAUUUUUUUAAUUUAAGUAGCAAAUGGGGUGGGGGUCAUUCUGCUUUGAGUAAAUUCUGUGUGGGGUUUUAUUUUGUAGUUUCUGUUCACCCAACAUUAAACAAAAAAUCUGCAAGAUGUACGGCUGUUUGUCUCAAACAAAGGGUGUAUUUGUUUUUGUAGUUGCAAGAACCCAUUGUCUGACAAAUAUAAUUGAAACCUGAUAUUGUUAGAGUAGUCUCAAAAUGAGAUGUUCUCAUUCUUUUUAUAAUUGUCAUUAAAUGUAUCCUUGACAAACUACCAGCUCUUAGCUUUAAUUUGUGCUCUGGUCCAGUUCUGGAUGUGAUGGGAUUUUCCAGAUGAUGCUUCCACAAUGUGUAAUCAUGGUUUGCCUUUACAUUAGCCCAGUUAAACUGUUACAUGUUCAGUGUGACAUUAUAAGCAACAUGUGUGAGUGAAGUUUGUGUAAUGUGCUCAGGAUAUGGAGCAAUGUGAGGCUAUCUACACCUGGUUUAACCAUGCAUGACUAGCCGUUAUUGCGUUAUGAAAAAGGCGUUUUGCUAGAAUGCUUGGGUGUUAGUUGAAGAAAACACAUAUUGAUUCGGCAUGUGACUAGUGUAUGUAAAACUGUAAUCUACACAGAUUGGCACAACAUUGGCUAGAGCGUCAUGGCUUUUAAGGAAUGUGUAAACUCGGGCCUCCAGCUAAAAACCUUUCUAUCAUUCUGUUAGCUGGGGCUGUAUGCCUGUUCAGGUUUAAGAUCAUUUUAAUGAUGGGCUGUGACUGAAAUUUGUUUGCUGACAUUAAGACUGACCAUUUAUGAUCUGUUAAUGUUAUCAUCUUAAUAUUAUCAGUGUUUCUUUCUGUACAGCAGCUUCGUUAAAACUGGAAGCGGAGGUGUUUAUAGCAUGGCUCUGAAUUUGGGCUUGAUAAAACUGAUAUAAAAUAGUUCUGAUCCCUAAAUGGACAUUAGACCAUAGGAUCCCUAAUUAAGCUGAACACAUUGACCCCCUAAUAUCUUUACUAGCCCUUUGGUCCUUUAAAGGACCUCUCCACACUCAUAGAGCACUUCAGAUUCUGCAAUAAGUAUCCCAUCUCAAACGCACUUUUACAAUUUAAUGAAACAGCCCCAUUCGCUGGCAGUUUCUUCCUGCUUGUAUUGGCUCUUUGGAUUGAACGGAAGCAGCAGGUGUGCUCUACUUGAGUAAGCCUGCCUCCCCUCUGCAUACCUCCUUCUCAAAGCUCAGAUAAUGCUGUGCAUGUACGCAUUCAUCUGCGCGCGCAUUCAGCCGGUCUCAUAGGAAAGCAUUUACAAUGCUUUCCUAUGGACGCUGGCGUGCUCUCACUGUGAUUUUCACAGUGAGAAGCACGC